AGGGGAGCCUACUCUUCCGUUAUUCCAGUCGAAGCAACAUGCAAGAGUUUAACAGAUAAGUUUUGAUCGGGUCGGACGAAAGAUUAUAAUCAUUUUGCUCUGACAACCAUGGCAAGUGUGAGCGAAGAAGAUUUAAGAAGAAGUAUAAAAUCAAUAUUGAAAGAUGCAGAUCUUGAUCAGUUGUCAGCUAAAAAGGUCAGAAAGAUGUUGGAGGCAGAGUUUAAAACAGAUUUAACAGACAGGAAGGAAGAGAUUGGUGAUCUUGUUAUGAAAAUGCUAACUGCUGGUAGUGAAAAUGACGAUGAAGAGGAGAGGAAUUCCAAACAGACACAGAAAAAUGGCCACACGGACGCAACAAACAAGUUAAUCCAGGAACACAACAAAACUAAGGGAAAGAAAAAUGUCCCCAAUAAGAAAAGUGACAACUCUGGUAGUGAACAAGAUUGUAAAGAAGAGAGUGCUGAUGAAGAACAAGAUUAUGAAGAAGAGAGUGCUGAUGAAGAUCUCAAAGAUGAAGAGGAAGUAGUGCCCAAAAAGAAAACAAAAUUAGCUCCUAACAAAGGAAAGAAGUCUUCUAAAAAGGUUGAUGAUGAGCAGCUAGCAAAGCAGCUUCAAGAUGAAGAGUUUGACACAAGACCUAGCAGACGCUGCAAAACUCAACCACAAAAACCCAAGCAACAGAAGGCUAAAAAGGAAAGAGCAAAAGGAACAUCACUGUACAGCAGACCCUGUGCUCUACUUCCUCCUCUCUCUAAAGUCCUUGGGACAGACAGUAUGCCAAGACCAGAGGUGGUUAAGAGACUUUGGGAAAUUGCAAAAGAGAGGAAUUUGCAGGAUCCCAGCAACAAACAGUUUAUGCUGUGUGAUGAAGAAAUGCAGGAACUUUUUGGCAAGAAGAAAGUGCGUCUGUUUGGAAUGAUGAAGAUCUUGAAACCCUAUAUAAAAGACUUACCUAAACUCUAACCAUAAUGCCAGAUGCCUUAAAAAUGUGUUUAAACCACAAUCAAGUUUGGUUCCCUGAUAGAUGACAUUUUUCUUUCUUCACUGUUGUUGGGUGGGGUUUUGUUUGUUUGUUGGAGAGUUUUAAUGUAUGUUUUUGUUACAUUAUCUGUUAAGGAAAAAUGAAUGCUGCUUUCAUAGCGAGAUGCUGUUAUUUUCUUUUGGGGCAUUUUAAUUUUUGCCUUUGUCUCACUCCAGGAGAUGUCUUGGAUCAAUGUAGUGCCUUUUAUGUGGAGGAAAAGAAUUGUUUACAGAAGUAGUGAUAACAUCUAAAUAGAAGAUUUUGUUUCUUGUUAUAGAGUUGCUGAAAAAUGAUAUUUUUCUAUUUAAAAGCACAGUGGUGCAAGUUUUAUCUUUGACCGAUUUGUUUAAUUAAAAAAAAAUGUUAGAAUAUUUGUCGAAAACAUGUUAACUAUGGAACUUAAACUUGAUUUGGGGAUUAAAGUAUGGUCAAGUAUGUUGAUACUGUAUACAUGCAGAAAGAUAAUGCAUGUGCAUCCUGAAACUUAUUUUCACACAUUGCAUAUAAUAAUUCUGGCUGUAUUAACAUUAUUGUAUUGUAUUACUCACCCCUACCAACCAAACAUAAAUCUUCCAAUCAGAGUGAAACUCAGUUGAUGUUUUCAUUUACAGUUGACUAUAGAUUUUGUUAACAUGAUUAAUAACAUGUUUUGACUUUGAGUUAUGGGCUAAUGCUUGCAAGUGUUUUCAUUCCACUCUUGCACCCGUAACCUGCUUGGUGUGCUACUGAUGAUGGACCUAUAUGUGUGUAAUCAUAGGUAAUGAUUUUCACCAUUUUAUUUUUAAGAACUUCUUAGAUCAUUCACUUUUUUCCCCCUGGUGUUGAUUUCUGAAAUACUAGUCAGUGUUCUUUUAAAAUUUUGAAAAAAGCUAGUUAGCAACAACUGCCAUCUAAGAACAGAUUGCAUCAGUUGAGUAGCAAGCAGUCAGUUCAAAAAUUUCAUUGCCAAGAUGGUUCUCAACUGUAUGCAAAGAUAAGACCCAGCAGUUUGAUUUUUUUUAACUUAAAAAUAGGAAAUUCACUCUGAGAAGUAAUUUAAAUAUUUGCCAUAAAGAGGUCUGCAGUUCAUGUGUAUAUAUCUGCACAUUUUAGUGCUUUGAAAUUUGUGAAACACAGUUUUGAAUCUUGAAUCUGGCAAUACUGCCACCCUUUUUUCCAUGGGCGCAUGCAAGUGUUUGUAUGUUUGUAUGCAUGUAUUCCCAAAGUAUUUUUUUAAUGGGAGAUAAAAUGUUCUCACUUAAAUAGAGUGACUUGUGUUCUUCAUAAAACAUUUUUCUGAAAGCGAAGUCCAUCUUUAAAAAUGUAAAUAACAAAAAAUUCAUGUAUAAAAUAUUGCUGCUCUUUGUCAACAUUUUGUUAUCUUAUAUCUGAAGAUUGCCAGGUCGAUAUUUGGUUAUUUUUGUAUUUCUAUUUUCUGUGCAGCAAUAUUUUAAAAGAUAGUAAUGUAGUCUGGAAUGCUUGUUAAAGAAUGUUGUACAUAAUCACUGAGAAUCUGUUCAAUAAGAUGUGUGGUUGUUUCCCAAAUAAAAACUGCUUAUGCUCUGUAAUGAUCCUAGACAUUUGUGUUGGUGUAGGAUAAGUAGGUUAGAAAAUAGUAGUACAGUAUUGAACUUGUUAAUAUUUCUAAAAUGUUUGCAUUUGUCUUGACAGAAAAUAUUAUAGUACUGCUGUAAUGAUUGUUAGGUAAAGUAUUGUGAAGUAUCUUAUUUUGUCUUGAUGGUGUUAUUUAAAAAAAAGAGCCUUCAAACGAAAAAGAAACUAAUAAAAUAUCAGCUGCUUUGUGUACUACUUAUGAGGAUGCAUGAUGUUAUGAGUAUAACCUUGGUAUAAGUCAGUGAGGGAAACGUGUUAAUAACUAUGUCAUUUAACAAAUAAUCAAAGAGUAUAAAAUAUGUGACUUUUCAAUCUUGAGUAUGUUUUGUGCAUUAAUGAGAGAUUUUACUUCUGUUGUAAGUUCUCGUCUUGUUUAAAAUAUAAUAAAAAUUUAGAAAGGCAAACUUAAAAAUACAGUUUUACUUUCCCUCAGUAUUGCAGCCCCAUUCUUUGAUAAAAUGGUGAAGAACGUGGGUUGUGUGCUCAUGUUUUGCCUCCAAUUUUGAAGAACGUGGGUUGUGUACUCAUAUUUUGUCUUCAGCAUACAGUGCAAUAUUUCUCUUUACAUCACCUUUGAGCUGGAUGAAACUUGCCAUACACAGCUUUAGCUGCUGAAUCUGCAGGUCACUAAUAUUCUGAAUUAGACUGCCAGUGGACAGCACAAUAAAAGGUUCAAGAUUGUUUCCCAUGGGUCUAGUCUGGGAAAUAUACUUUUUCAAAGAGGUUUUGGUAUUGUACACUUGAAAUAAACAUUCAUACACAAGGGG